AUGACGCAAGGGGUCGCAAUAGGCAGAGUGUCAUCCUACAUCCCAGUGUACACAGAUGCUUGUCUGACUGGAUGGGGAGGGACAUGUCAGGCUCGGGCAGUCGGAGGUGUGUGGUCCCCAUCGGGACGUCACAUCAACGUCCUGGAAUUGGAAACGGUUCUACUGGUUCUGACCCACUUCGUGUCCACCCUACGGGGGCACGACGUGCUGGUCUGGUCAGACAACAGAACGACAGUAGCCUACAUAAAUCGCCAAGGGGGAGUCAGAUCUCCUGCACUCCACCGAUUGGCGGAGGAAUUGUGGCUGUGGGCUCACGAGCACCUUCGCUCGUUGACAGCAGCACACAUCCCAGGCUUUCAGAAUAUCGGCGCAGACCUCAUGUCUCGAGGGGGUCCCCGAGACGACGAGUGGCGACUGCACCCCGAGAUUGUUCUCCAAAUAUGGGAACGGUUCGGGAGAGCCGAGGUGGACCUGUUCGCAUCACGUGUGAACGCGCAGUGUCCCCUAUGGUUUUCUCUACGAGCCCAGGACGAACCGCCACUAGGGAUAGACGCUUUUGCGCACCAGUGGCCAGAGGUUCUCCUGUACGCAUUUCCACCGCUGUCCUGCAUUCUCCCACUGCUAGCCCGCGUGAGAACAGGAGGGCUGUCAAUCAUAUUGAUAGCCCCCGACCGCCCAGGGGCUCCGUGGUACGCGGAGAUGAUGCAAAUGUUGAUUGCGCCAUCAUGGCCAAUUCCACAUCGACAGGACGCAAUGUCUCAGGCGGCAGGCAUGAUAGAGCAAUGGCCUCUGAUCGGCCAGCCACUGAAGGUCUGGCUCCUGAGAGGGACAGGUUAGAGCGCCGUGGGUUAUCUGAUUCGGUAAUCAGAACCAUACAGGGCUCACGUGCCAGUUCCACAUACAGGACUUAUGCCAGUAGAUGGAACGUGUUUUCACAAUGGUGCGUUACAGAGAAUGUGGACCCCGUGUGCUGUCAGGUUGAGAGUGUGCUCUCUUUCCUACAGUUCAUGUUUGACAAGCAGCGCUCACCCGCCACCAUUAAGGUGUUCGCGGCAGCGAUUUCAGCUUGUCAUGAGGGGUUUG